AUGCCACCGGAUAUCUACCGAUUCGUGGCGAUUUUUCUUAUUUUCGGCACAAAUUCUAUAGGAGCAAUUCGACCACGGCGGUCCUGUAGACAUCACUACUUGGCGAACGUGGACAAGACGUCGGUGCUGCCAUUGCGUGCGGACGAUGGCGUUUACAACGUCGUCUGUCGUAUGCCGUCGACAUCGGACGGGCACAUGGAAAUUAUCACCGAAAUCCAGUCUGGACUCUCGAAACAACAUCAAAUCCAUGAGAGGCGGAGCGUGAACUUUCAAAUUCUCGAUCUAAAUAUGUUACGUGAUGUGGUUCGAUGGUCAGAUUGUGAGCAGACGCUAACGGUGAGAUGGGACCGCCCACCUACAUCGAAUUACGGACAUUUCAUUGUGAGAUCACUUUUGAAUGAAAGUCUGGAUGUGGUCUAUAUAGAAGGAAAUACAAAGGCUGAGUACGCUCUUCGUGGCCCUAUGGCCGGAAUUCGCCAUAUUUUCCCAGUAAAUUGGCCGCAGGACACUGCCGCUACAAUCACCGCUUCGCCUUUAUCCUGUAAACAGAGGAUUUUCGUCGAUGAUGGAUGCCUUUUUCGAACACGGGUGAAGGUAUACCUGGAUUCGACGAAUCCGACAUGGUCCUGGGAAUUUGCAUUUCGAACACAUCGAUCCGAUCAAGCACUGUUCUCGUUGCGCACUGAUAGCUCCGAAUCGAUUCAAAUCAGACUGGAACGAGAUUUUUUCCUUCGAAUCGGUUCCGAAAAACCUUCGCCGGUUUCCCAGCUUUCUGAUGGUCAAUGGCACACGAUUACUCUCACCUCUGAGGCUGGUGAUGUAUAUCUGACCGUUGACGAUCUGGAGAGGAUUCCCGUGGCAGAGGUGCGAGCGUACGGAUUACGACUAUCGGCUGUGGAGAUAGAAGUGGACGGGGAAAUUUUACUUAUUGAUCCAUCAGACACGUCAGAGAAUUGUGAAUUGAACGAUCGAAGAAAAGCAGUGGGACAAUCACAAUUCAUGCAAGCGUGUAGCGGUUGUCAAUGUACGGUAUUGAAUGGGAUUUUUGACGGAUUUCCUGCUCCCUCAUGUGCUCACAACGGAGAAGAGGCGUAUCGUCUACUACGCGACCCUGAUCGCCUUUCAUUCUUCUACAUUCCUGUUUCUGCGGACACACAGCAUUUGAAACCAUUGACACGAAUUGGACUCACCUACAAAAGUGAAAUGGAUAUCGGUUUGCUUUUGUUCGGAUUUUGGCAAGAGGAAGAGACGAAGGGCCGGUUUCAAGUGUACUACAAAGAUCGCCAUCUCAUCGGGAUCUACUGCGAAAACCAGGGCGAAGAAGUCUGCCGAGGGUGUUCGCUGAGCAGAAUUGAAGGAUUCGGAAACGAUGAAUGGACGCGGGUUGCAUUUUUUGAAGCGUAUGGUGAGCUGUCACUCGUAGCAGACAAAGCCGUAUGUACCCUCAGCGAAUUGGGUAGCACGAACAAUCUUAGCCUUGCAGAAGUCUACUCAAUCCCUGUUCUUGCCACUGAAAGCGCCAUAUUUGUUGGUGGGACCUUUUACGAGAAGAAGAAACCGGGUGUCUAUUUGCCAAACUUUGAGCACAAGUAUUUUGAGAACACUCGAGAGAAAGUUCCUUCGCUAAGGGGAUGUUUGAAAGAUAUUUUCGUCGACGGAAAGUUGACGGACCUUUCGUCAAUACACAGUCAACAGAUGGAACAUACAUUGAUUGAUUCCGGAGAUGAAACUGCGUAUGCUAUUCAGGUUGGAUGCGCCGAAUGUUCACCGCCAUGCCCAGCAGGAGUUCGAUGUCGUCCAACCGAACCUCGUCAACUGACUUUCGAAUGUGAUUGCUCAGAUAUUGAAGAAUUUUGGUUAGGAGAAUGUAGAUCGACGGAAAGACUCCGCCCAAAUCCCUUGGUGCCGCUCUCGACGUUUUAUUUGGACACUCCUGCUCCAGUUUUACAACUUCUGCCAACAAAAGCUGCUCUAAGCAAAGUGUGGAUGAAAUUUUCGUUGCCAAAAAAGGUGGAUCGAGAAUCCAUGGUCGCCGAGUUCAACUCCCAUCGAGAGAUGUUGUUCUACGUCUACGUCGAUCCGAAUGGAUUUGGAGUUCACGUGCAUCCUAGCACGCACGAUCAUUUUGAAACAAUUGUACGAGAGAGAAGCACAUUUCCGGAUGACCGAGUUCAUUUGAUCUCUGUUGAACGGAAGACUCCACUAGGAACACGUCCUACGUCAAGAAAAUUCGAUCUUUUCAUAGACGGUGUGAAUCAUGAAAUCCCAGACGUCUCUAAAUAUGUGCUAAAUAAUAUAACGUUGCGAGCUAGUGAGGACAGCGAGAACUUCGUAGUAAUCCAUGAUAUGGGUCUAGCGUACGAGUUCGACGAACACCAUCCUUUCCUGCACCAUUCCACGAACAGACUGCAUCAGGUUGAUCUCCAAUCAAUGCUACUCCGUCAUCGAUCUCGUGCGUUGACCGACGUGACGUCGACAGUAGAUCGUUUCUUAUGGCGAAAAGUGACGUCUCCAUCGCAAAGACCAUCACCUCACGGCGAAGUGGUGACAUACACUCCGGAUGCGCACGAGCCGCAACAAUUACUGUCCGCCAGCUGGGUGAUCUACUCGCUGGUAUUAACGACUGUAUUGUGCCUGUUGCUCACCGUUUGCCUCUUAAUCUACUGUUGUAUUUUACGGAGUCAACGAAGACGAGGAAGUGAAUCUUCCGAUCGAGACCGCAUUCUUCGCGACAGUCCAGAUUACUCUGUGAAGUUGAGGUCGAAUAGAACUGAAUCUGAAUCCUCUUACGAUGGUGAUGGUUCAAUCGGUACUGACGACACCGACCUAAAUGCGUACAGAGAUAUUCCGAGCCAUCGCGUAAAAAUCUACCGAGAAUCAAUGGUGUCGAUAUUAGUGCCGGGUGUGGACCAACCAAAUGAGGCAAUAGUGAAGAGAAUGUCGAGCACAGAGCGGGUAGCAAGUACACCGUUGCUCCCACCCAGUCCAGCUCCACUUGUCCGAGUGGAUGAUCAGUGA